AUGACCAUCCCCUCCCUCACCGUCACCAACUUAAAGAAGGCAAAAAACGUCGUUAUCGGGAAUCCUCUGGCCAAAGUACAGCUUGUGAGAGACACCCAUUUUAUAUCGACGCUCAUUGACUGUUUGAAUGCUCCAUAUUCUUCUGAGAAAUCCACAAAUGAUGCUUUGCGGAUCGAGGCAGCACAUAUAAUCGCAUCGUUAUCAUACGGUUCUGAAGAAGCGCUUGGAACACUUUUGAGGGCCAACGCUCACCAUGCCUUUGUCUAUGCUAUCUCAUACUUCACACCAUCCGAGCCUCUUUCUGUACGAGCAGCGUUUUCACGAGCUCUUCGAACGCUUGCAGCUUCAAUCGCUGAUGUCGUCGGACCGUCAAUGUGGGGUUUAAGGCCAGACAGAUCUAUGAUACGCAAUGAAGCGCGGCAUGCACUCGAAUAUCUUUUUCAGACCGAAACACUAGACAUUUAUCUACCAUUGUUGCUCCCCCCCUCUCCUUCCAUCCCCGCCGCGUACGCUGUCUCGACAUCUAUUGCACAGAUGUUAUCGACUACCAUUCGCUCUGAUGUGAAUCGUCGUGCAGUGACAGAGUGGCUCCCUCCUGCCGAGCGACAGCGCGAGGUAAAGUCCCGCCGCGGGUGGGAAAAAACCGCUUUAUCAGCGAGCCACACAUCGCCAUGGGUGGCAAGACAGCUUAUAGCACUGCUUGGAGAGUACCGGCGAGAAUACGACUGUAAGCUAGUAGAGGCCUGUUUGUCCGCGUUGGCCGCUCUUGCCAAAGAAAACCCAAUUAUAGCCACUUUUCUAACCAAACCUUUGGUUGACGCUCCUCCCCUUGAAACUAUUCUAAAAUUCACCAAAUCCCGAACAGUGGAUGUCCAGCUGGCUGCUUGUAUAUGUAUCACCCAUAUUUUGCGAGCUCUUCCCCCCUCUCCCUCUUCAAUUCCACCGCCGCAUUCUAUGACCUCUCCCACCUCCGCAACGACAUCCCACAGUCUUGCACACACUCCUGCUCCCCAUAAACCAUCUCUUGAAGAAGAUUGUAAACGCACUGUGAUCAACGUCGUCAAUGGGAUGAUUUCCUCUCCACCCUCAACCGACUCUCACAAAAGCCAGACGAAAGCCUGUUAUAUUUUGCACCAUUUGGUGUCAGAUAAUGAUACCUUUUGUCAUGACGCUUCUAAAAGAGGAUGCCUUGACAACUUGGGCGAGUUAGUUCGUUCGAUCAAUCCUACAGAAUCAGAUCCAAAUGAGUGGGAAGAAGGAGAGCCAGAGAGCUUGGCCGCCUUGCGAGAGGCUGCCCUUAUAGCACUCGCAUCAUUGGCAUUAUCCUCGGACGACAUCCGGAGAAGAAUAACGGACGAACUUAGUCUUCUGCCCUGCAUAUCGCGAGCUUUGCGUGCAAAGAGACACACGGGAACCCGCUACGCUGCAUGCCAGUGUGUAAGAGCUAUAUCACGUGCGGUUUCGGUCCUGCGGACGAGUAUAGUCGACAGCGGCCUCGGAAUGGAUGUACUGCGAAUUGUACUUGGUCAAGACCUUGGGGAUCGCUAUGGAGGUAGUAGUUCAAACCCUGGAACCGUGGGGAACGCUACUGGUAAAGCUAAAGAAGGGGGGACAAAAAAAUCCAAAGACGAAAGUUCGUCUAUGGAUACAUCAGUUACAGGCACACGCGAUGGAUUGGGCGAAGAUCGUCGAGUGCUCGGCGCUGCACUCUCUGCCGUUUGCAACAUUGUCAACGACUUUUCCCCGCUGAGACCCAUUUACCUGGAGGAGAAAUUGAUGCCACGCUUGGUUUACAUUCUCAGAGAAUCAGGCGAUCCACCCCUCAGACUUAAUGCCCUAUGGGCUGUUAAAAAUCUGGUGAAGAAAACUAGCACUGAAACAAAGAGGGAUAUUAUGAGCCAUAUCGGCUGGACACAGCUUUCCGAUUUCCUCAGCGACGCAGAUGAAGAUAUACAGGAACAAGGUUUCUACACCCUUCGGAACCUUGCAGAAAAUGAAGAGGGUAUUGCCAUGAUCUUUAGAGAGCUCGGCCCUCAGGUCCUUGAGAAGAUUGUCGCUGGACUGCGAUCCUCUUGCACAGACGUUGUUCUCCAAGCUGCUUUCGCGAUCGCCAAUUUAGCAAACGGAUCACACGAUCAACAGGACAUGAUUCUUCGAUUCCCUGGGAUGCUCACCUCCCUACAAUCAUGCUUAGCAGAAUCCACAUCUGACAUAAGACGUCCUGCCGUCUCUUGUAUUUUGACCCUUGCACAGAGUAACCCAAGAAGGCGGAAAGAAAUGAUGGACGCUGGGAUCAUCAGCACUCUUAGACGGCUAUGCGAAUGGUCAGGCCAUAGUACCCAUGGACUCGGACAUGGUCACAACCACCCUCCUGCCAUCGGUGUCAGUCUUAGUCCAACUUCGGGAGGAGCUGGACAUUGGGGUGGCCGCAGCCCACUAAGAUCCCCGCCUAGUCAUGCUCCAGUGCCAGUCACUGGCGUAUAUGGUAGCUGGGGUGGCAGCGGAUCUAUGCAUCAUCAUUCCCAUUCACUGGCCCAUCAUGUCCCCGCCAGCGGACGAAUUCAGCCCUACGGACAUACCAGUCAUCACAGCUGGUCAUCUCCUAUGGCACUCGAGGACGAUCGGGAUGUCAUUCAGAGGGCACGGACGGCUCUAGAAUGGUUGGAACGCGGUGAGACGUACCUCACAUGA